GUUGAAGAAAAAAUUCCACCAUAUCUUUCUAGGCAUGGUGGACUCAAAGCAAGUUGUAACUCCUCUUGUGACUCGAAAAGUUCAAAUCUUUUCCAAUCAAUCUUCCUUGCUGACUCGUGCCAAAGCGCGCAUGACGAGAUCCAAGUUGCCCGUGAAGGAUGUUGAGUACUUCUCUUCAGAAUCUAGUGAAGGUGAAGAACUUAGUCUCAAGCCCAGUCAUGUGUCUGCUUCGAAGUUAAGGUGGGCUGACUAUCCUUCAUCAUCGUCUGAGUCCCUCUUACCUGCCUUGGUUACUGAAGCGACAUCUGGUGACCCGGAUGCUCUCCUUAAGGCUGUGGAAGGCUUAAGGAAAGCUGUGAGUAACCAAGUAGCAUCAAGCUCAGUCGCUGAAAAAGCUCUCGAAAACAAGGAAGACUCAUUAAGGACUUCAGAUCGGGGUAAGCAAGUCACUAUGGAGGAAAGCUUGGAGCAACAAAAGCAAGAGCAACUAAAUCGAACAAUUCUCCAAGCUCGGCAAGGAGGGACCUCACAAUCCUCACUUGUGUAUGCCAAGCCCUAUACUCGUAGGAUUGAUAAUCUAAGCCUACCAGACGGUUACCAGCCACCAAAAUUCCAAAUGUUCAGUGGGAAGGGCAACCCAAGGCAACACGUCGCCCAUUUUGUCGAAACAUGCAACAAUGCUGGCACCUAUAGGGACCUCAUGGUGAAACAGUUUGUCCGGUCCUUGGAGGACGCAGCUUUUGAAUGUACCAAGCGUACUGUUAGCCUCCUUGAGCUUGCUAACACCAAGCAAAAGAAAGAUGAGUCUGUGACAGACUUCAUUGAAAGAUGGAGGAAUCUCGUCCUAAAUUGUCGAGAAAAGAUUAGUGAGAUCUUUUCUAUUGAUACGUGUGUGCAAGGUAUGCAUUGGGGACUGCUGUAUAACCUUCAAGCUAACAUGCCACAUACCUUUGAAGAAUUGGCCACUCGUGCCCAUGACCUGGAAAUUCAAAUUGCUAGUCAUGGUAACUUUCUUCCAACAGACGCUCGUGAUAAAAAAGAGUCUCGAAAAGAUGUGAAGAAGGAAGUGAAACCUUCAAAAGUAAAAGAAACUAUGGCAGUCAUAACAGCGCUUGUGAAGAUCUCACAACAAAAGCCAAAGCCAAAUCCUAAACAAGCUCCUAAGCGCCUAGAGGAAGUUGGGAGAGUAAAUGAUCCAAAAUACUGUAAGUAUCACCGAAUUGUGAGUCAUCCAAUCGGUAAGUGUUUUGUGUUGAAAGAUCUGAUAGUUCGUCUUGAGAAAGAAGGCAAAAUACAACUAGAAAGUGAAGAAGGUUCCGCUACCACCAAUGUUGCCAUGGGGGCAAUUCAAGUUAAAUUUCAAAUAGAUGAUGAAGAAAAGAUAGCCUAUGCUUAUCUUGACAUGCCUACUUCUGGAGGUCCAGGCUCUCUUUCUUUAUAUGACCUUAUGACGGUGAAUCUUGAAGAUUGGGAAUCAUCAUCUGAGUCUGAAGAUGAGGUUGGCGAUGGUUGGUCAACCUUCAUUAGUAAGAGCAAAAAACACCGUAAUCCAGUAUCUAGUGGAAUGCCACUCUCAGAUCCUCAUAAAAUCAUUUCAAUCAUGAAGGAGGAGGCGUCAUUCAAGACCCACACUACCAUCCAUCCAACAAAAUCAUUCAUAUCUUUCAGCUUUGCCAGCAACACCAAAAAAUCAAGAACAAUGCCAGAGGGAUAUUUUUCUUAUGAGGAAGUAUCUGUUAAUGUCACAAGUUUCAAGACAGAAAACAAACCAUCAUCUAAAGAAGAAGCUGAGGGUUCCAAUAGCCAAUCAAAUGAUCCCGAAGCUGAUGGAAGUAUAGAGAAAUUGAAGCAACUUCCAUCUUAUUUACAGUUAUCCAAAGCCUUGCAGCUUUCAUGGGAUACACGCCUUGCUCUUGUACAAGCUUUGUUAGACCCAAAAAAGUUCCAAGGUGAGCUUGCCAAGCUAGAAAUUAAGGCUGAGUGUUUAGGAACAAUAACCUUCACAGAUGAAGACCUGCAGCUUGGAAUCUAAAAACAUAACAGGCCUCUUUAUUCAAAGGUUUAACUUUGUUUAGUAUUUUUUUUUGGUUUAAGUACCAUUUUAGUCCCUCAACUUAUCACUUUGGUACCAAAAUUGUCCUUCACCUUUAAAAAGUACCAAAAUUAUCCUUAAACUUUCAUUUUUGGUACCAAAAUGGUCCUUCCGUCAGUUAAAUGCCA